AUGGGCCUGCUGUCGCUCGGAACGCCGCUGGCGUGGCCGGAUGCGCGCGAGCUAUCGGAGCACGUUCGAGUGCACGGCAUAGAGCAGUUUCUCGCGAUAUGGCGCCGCCUGAGGGAGCGGCACGGCGAUGCGCCGCUCUGGGGCGACGAGCUCGAGUACAUGGUCGUGGCGCUGGAUCCCGAGCAGAAAACGGCGCGCUUGUCGCUGCGCCAGGGCGAGAUUCUGCAGCGGCUUGCGCAGUGCCGUGGCGCUGAUGUGCCGGGUGCCUCUUCGGCGGAUCUGCCGACGUUCCACCCCGAGUACGGUCGGUACAUGAUCGAGAGCACGCCCGGCCGGCCGUUCGGCGUGAGUGCGGACGAGCUGCUGCGUGUAGAGCGCGAUAUGCUCGUGCGCCGGCGACUUACGCGUGAGCGGCUGCGCCCGAACGAGGUGCCGAUGACGAUUGGGUCGUUCCCGCGGCUCGGCGUCACCGAUACGGCGUUCACCGAUCCGCCGCACGAGGCGCACGGCACGGCGAGCCACUCGCUCUUCCUCCCGGACGAGAUCAUCAACACCCACGUGCGCUUCCCCACGCUCACGGCCAACAUCCGGCAGCGCCGCGGGUCCAAGGUGCGCAUCAACGUGCCCAUCUUCCGCGACACCCACACGCCGAGGCCGUUCGUGGACCCGACGAUCCCGUGGGAGCGCGACCUCUUCGCCGAGGACAGCGAGGCGCGAGAGGGCGCUGCAUGGGCGGACCACAUCUACAUGGACGCCAUGGGCUUUGGCAUGGGCUGCUGCUGCCUGCAAGUGACGUUCCAGGCGGCGUCGAUGGACGAGGCGCGCAAGCUGUACGACCAGCUCGUGCCGCUCACGCCGCUGUUCCUCGCGGCGAGUGCCGCGAGCCCUACGUACCGCGGCUACCUCGGGGACGUAGACGCGCGCUGGGACGUGAUCAGCGCAGCGGUCGACGACCGCACGCCUGCGGAGCGGGGCGAGGCGCCCCUCGCGGCGGCGGGCACGCCCGGCGCACACAACUCCAACACGCAGGCGCGGCGCCUGCGCAAGAGCCGCUACGGCUCGGUCGACUCGUAUCUGGGGGCGAACGACGCCGCGCGCGCGUGCAACGACGUGCCGCUCGAGGUGAACGAGGGCGUCGAGCAGCGCCUGCGGGAGGCGGGCGUCGACGCGGUGCUGGCCGCGCAUGUGGGGCACCUCUUCGUGCGUGACCCGCUGGUGAUCUUUUCCGAGAACGUGGACCUGGACGACACGACGUCGGUCGACCACUUUGAGAACCUGCAGUCGACCAACUGGCAGACGAUGCGGUUCAAGCCGCCGCCACCGGGCGACUCGAUCGGGUGGCGCGUCGAGUUCCGCCCGAUGGAGAUCCAGCUGACCGACUUUGAGAAUGCGGCGUUCAGCGUGUGCAUCGCGCUGCUCACGCGCGUGAUUCUGGAGCUCGGCGUCGAUUGGUACAUGCCCAUCUCGCUCGUGGACGAGAACCUGCAGCGCGCGCAGCGGCGAGACGCGGUCCACACGCAGCGCUUCCACUUCCGCCGCGGCGAUGCGCCGGCGACGCACGAGUACACGCUCGCCGAGCUCUUCCACGGCACGGACGACCUGCCGGGACUGCUGCCGCUCGUGCGCCGCUACCUCGACACGCAGCCGCUCGAGGCCGCGCAGCGCGCUGCACUGGACGAUUUGUGCGCAGCCACGCGGCAUACCGCCACGACUCGGUCGUGA